CUCGUAGGCGUUUAGUGUUUGUGCCUGUCUGACUGGGCGCGGUUUGUAGGAGGAGGCUGGGCAGGGCAAGGUGCACUUUAAUUACUUCAGACGAACUCACCGACGCGGUUGCCUCCCUCGUUGGCUUCCUGUUUGAGCCUCCGGUGGACAUUGUUUCUCUUUCGGCGACCCGGACGGACAGUUUUUCUGAAAAAUGACGAGUCAGGAGCCGCUGAAAUCAGUCAUUGACAUCAAUAAUGUUGACGACACGUCUCUGGCUCUGCCGUCCGCGAAUCAGUUCAGCUCAGGACAACAGCGAGUCCUGGAACAAGUGCAGACUGUGAGGAGGACCAAGUCGAGAAAGUCCAGUAGUGCUAGGAGCGGGUCUACGUCUUUAUCUCCAACAAGCCCUGUAUAUGACUUCACAGAUGGCUUCAAGACAAGUGCAUCUGAUGGAAGCGUGUUCUUUGGAAAUGGAUUUUCUAAAGCUGUCAGUCUGGAGAGGAACAGCAACCGUCAGGUUGUCAACAACAAUAAAGGAUCCAAUGUGAUGAGGAAUGCAGCAACUUCUAGCUAUCACUAUGAGAAGAGUUUAGGCGCAGGCGGCUCCAUGGCAGUUGGACAAACCAUCACCAGCCGCAGCGAGCCUGAUCUGGCUUGGCAGCGUUCUAUGCCAAAACGCUCCGGGCCUUCGCAGAGAUUGCUUUCCAACAUGAGCACGCACAGAGUAGAAAGGUCCAGAAGUCAGUUCAUACAAGGUGCUGCAUCACAGCCUCAGCUUCAGCCGCAGAUUCAGCCACAGAUUCAGACUCAGAUUCACAGUCAAGUUCAGCAACUGAGUCCUACUUACAUUCAGACUAACAAUCAGAUAUUUAGUCAAAGUCAGCCACUGAGUCCAACUCAGAUUCAGAUUAAGAAUCAGCAGUUUAGUCAGGGUCACUUUCAGUCUAAGUCUCAGACUAUUCCUCGGCCCAUCUUUUCUACUGUGAACGGCACAGGUCUGACAAAAACAAACUCCAAGUUUGUCAGCAGCAAAGUAGGAACAGUAAAGAUUCUUCCAAAGUCUACAGUCACAGAGAGUGCUACUAAGACUAAAGCAGAAUCUGGGUCAAAUGGAAACCGUGGAGCUGCAGACCUCACCAUGAAGGAGGCAGUGGAGUAUCUCUCCAUCAAUGACGAGGCAUUUCAGCACUGCGGCGCAUCCUUCAUACAGCACAAUACUUUCAUUGAUGACAAGGCCAAAGAGGAGGUGUUGAAGCUGAAUGGGAUCCUUCCUCUGGUUGGACUACUACGUAGUCCUAAUGAACAAGUGCACCAGACAGCCUCGGCUGCUCUUCGUACCCUGUCAUUCAAAAGCAACAGUAACAAGAAAGAGAUACAUCACUGCGGCGGCAUCACGGAGGCUGUGGCUCUACUCAGAGAGACUGACUCUGUUGAGACACAGAAACAGCUGACAGGUCUCUUGUGGAAUCUGUCCACUGUUGACAGCCUGAAGCCAGACCUGCUAAAGAGCGCUCUACCGGUUCUAAUGGAGCGAGUGAUCCUGCCCUACACAACAGGCCCAGACCGGGCCCGAGGUGAUCCUGAGCUCUUCUUUCAUGCCACUGCGUGUCUACGAAACAUAAGCAGUUCGCAGCAGAGCAACAGACAGGGAAUGAGAAAGUGUAGAGGUCUGGUUGACUCUUUGACCAGUUAUGUAAGAGACUGUGUGGAAGCAAAAAGGCCUGAUGAUAAGUCUGCAGAAAACUGUGUGUGCAUCCUGCACAACCUGACGUUCCAGCUGGAGGACGAGGCUCCAGCUCUCUUCAGCAGGAUUCAAGCUUUAGCCAAAAAUGUCAACAAGGGCCAACCCACAGGCGACACCGGCCCCAUUGGCUGCUUCAGUCCGCAGGGCAAAUCACCAGAGCAAGAGCGCCACUUUGACUUCCCCGUAGUUGAGGACCCACAACCUAAUGGAGCAGGCUGGCUGAUUCACUCCAAAACUCUGCAGAGUUACUUGUCAUUGCUUGCCACCAGCCAGCAAGAAGAAACACAAGAAGCCUGCUGCGGAGCAAUGCAGAACCUCACUGCACAUGAAGGAAUUGUCUCCAGUGUAAUGAGUCAGAUCAUUGUGCAGAAGCUGAAUGGUUUAAGUGUUAUCACUCCCCUUUUAAAGUCAAAGAAAGUCAACCUGCAAAGGAAUGCAGUGGCUUUGGUUGGGAACUUGACCAAGAACCCAAAUCUGCACAGUUCUGUUGCUCGUAAAGCUCUCCCAGAGCUAAUGAGCAUUAUCAGUGCAGGCACCAAGGAAGGGAACGAGUCUGAUGAUACGUUAGCCAUGGCCUGCCAGACCACCAACCUUCUGCUUAUGAAGGAUCCUGAGAUGGGCAAGCAACUGUUAAACUGCAAGUUGAUAAACUCGCUGAAUGAACGCUGCCAAAACAGAUAUAUGCCGAAAUCCCAAAAAGCUGCGGCCCAGCUCCUCUACAACCUCUGGUCAGAAAAAGAUUUACAAAGCUGCCUGAAAAAGCAAGGGUUGACUAAGGCCUCCUUCAUGAACGACAUCACCACAGCAGCACACAAGUUGGCUCAAAUUGUGGAUUAACAGAACAGCAGAAACAGAUCUCAGAAAGUUUUCACUGCUUUGCCCACCUGGAAGUCCUCUUCACACCCUUGGGACAGAAACGCUCAAAGGCCGAGCAGCAUCCUUUCUCAUUUCACAAAGACUUGCAGAUUUUGUUUUAUAUAGAUAUACAUGCAAUCAUAUAAUCAUUCCAUCAGCUUAAAGUAACCAUCCAAAGCCCUUUAAUGCUGUAGGAACAUAGGUGAAGGUAAAUAUUUAACAUGUUAGAAACCAGAUGUUGUUUUUUUUCAUUUGCUUUUCUAGUUUUUUUCCUGCUGUAAUGCUGUCUGCAUGUGAUGCAUUUAGCUACCUGGUAGCGUGAGCUUGCUGUUUUAAAUAAGGGAAAAAAGUUUUUGCACUAAAUUGCAGUUUUUAUGUCCUAAAAUAAUAAUGUACAUUUUAAAAUGUAUUUUGUAAAAUGAAAACUAAUUACAGGAAAUUUUCAGUUGUUGUGAUUUUGCUGUUUUGCUCAUUGUCUUAAACAGUGCUGCGUGUUUACAUUUUUUAAAGUAAGCUUUUUUGUUUGUGUGUGAUUCUUUGUCUCUGCAAGUGUUAAUAAAGCCAGCAGA